AUGGAGAUGGAUACAAUCAUGGAAACGAACAUGGACAUGGACACGGACAACAUGGACAUGGACAUGGACAUGGACAUGGACAUGGACAUGGACAUGGACAUGGACAUGGACAUGGACAUGGGCAUGGGCAUGGACAUGGGCAUGGACAUGGACAUGGACAUGGACAUGGACAUGGACAUGGACAUGGACAUGGACAUGGACAUGGACAUGGACAUGGUGAUAAGGCCUGGCUACGCGACCAUCGAGGUCGACCUGAAGCACGAGAAGGCCGCGGGCGACCGCGAGUCGGUGCAGGCGGCGGAGCGCUCGUACAUCGAGCGCACCGCGCCGAAGAAGAAGGAGCCCACCAAGGAGCAGCUCGCGGCUCGAGCCGCGGCACGCAAGGCCAAGAAGGACCGGCAGAAGGCGCGCCGGGCGACGGAGGCUGGCGAGCGCGCCGCGAGCGAGGCCGAGCGCGCGGAGGCCCCGCGGGCGCAGCUGCGCGAGAACAUCCAGUACGUGAUGGCCGGGCUGCGGUCUGCAGCUGCGCAGGCGCGCAGCCAGGCCGGGUCCAAAAUGGGGGUCGAAUACUCGCUGCCCCCGGAGAGGGACGACGGGUAUCGACGCGGCCCCAGCAAGGUGUACGCCACAGUUCCCCAGGGGACCGUGGCGACGACCGUCGCCUCGGACUGGCUCGCGAACGAGCUGGCCGAGCACGGAGAGAUCGAUGCGGCAUACCGCGACCGCAUAGUCAUGCACCUGAUGACGGCCGCCGGCGCCUCGGCGCCGGCCGACGCCGUGUUCAGGAGUAGGAGUGGGGUGCAGGUUGCUCACCCACGGCACCGGGCCGACGUUUACCUUACCUUACCUUACCUUACUUGCAUGCUGGGCCCGUGGGCACGCGGUCGGCAGAAGGAGGUGCUGGCCGCGCUCAAGCGGCUCGUCAACGGGUACAGUGUGUCGCCGGCGAAGCUAAUCAUGGACGACGACGACGACCAGAGCGUGGACAUGGACGAGCUCGUGUUCCGACCCAAUCCUGCGGGCGGUCUCGAGCUCAGCAACUCGGACAACGAGGAGUGA